AUGGGCGUUUCGGAAUCUCACUAUGCCAAGUCCUUAGGCGAAAGUUACUAUCCACAGCCAACGCCAAUAGAUGAUCCAACGCAGAAGGAUCUUUUAGGUGCUUCGACUGCUUAUAAUGCAACUUUUUGCUCGUAUCAAACCCAUGGCACACAAUGUUUUCUUGAGCAUGGAGGGAAUGGCUUUGAGCCCAAUCAAGCUCGUCUUGAUGGCAGCUACGCGGACGCACGUAUGGCUCAAUAUAUGAGAGAUUUAAAUAUUGAUCCUCUGUGCAACAGUUUUUAUAGAGGAGAUGAAUCCGAAAUUUUGCGAUCAGCAUUAUUGGAAGGAAACAAACACUUGGACACUGUUAUACCCAAAGCCGACACACUUGCGAAAGGCGGCGAUAUUACUUUGACUUCGGUUCAGGACACUGAGAUUGAAUACGGUUUUGAAAUUUCCUCUGCAUUUGCGCCUCCUUGGUCCGCGGAAGACAUACGGGGACAACAUCAAUGGAGAAAGGGCAACUUAGUACGACAUAAAAAAGAAACGCAUAAUAUGAAAUCCGAGGAUCGAUUUAUGUGCGAUAUAAAGGACUGCAAAGAAACAUUCACAAGAAUAUCAAAUCUUAAUGUGCACCAAGGAAACAAACAUGGCUUCCCAGUCUCUAGGAAAACACGGAAUAGAAGAAGUUCAGUGCCGGGAAUUAUCAACAAGCCGAAGGCUGGUAGGAGAACUACAAAAGCUCCAAAAACCGUCGCCUUGGCAGAUAUCCCUGAACGCAGUCGAUCACAAUCAGUCCCUGGGCUCUUUGGACUAUUUUGA